AAGAAGCUAAAACUAUACUAUCUACCAGAGUCAGAAAUUAAAUAAAGCAUGCAAAUAUAUAAUCCGAUACCUCCGGUGAAAACCAUGGUGAAGAUUUAUCCUCACCUGGCGUUUCCGGUGGAUUCGGGUGUAGUACAAGACAAGAAGUUGAUGUACUUAACGAAGGAGCAAGAGAGCUUCACGAUUUGGAUGAAGUCUUUGGUGUUCCAUAGCAAAGGCUGCACAGUGUUUGAUUCCAAAGGAAGCUUAAUCUAUCGAGUGGACAACUAUAACUCCAAGAGUUGCGGUAAUGACGUUUUCUUUAUGGAUUUAUGCGGGAAAGUUUUGUUUACUUUACGUCAUAAGAAAUUGGGAUUAUUCAAAUCUUGGGAAGGAUAUAACUCAACAGGGACAAAAUUUCGACUAAAAAAGAAUUUCAAGAUUCUGCCAAAUGGUUCAUCUUCGUCUUACAAAGUUGUAAUGGGAUCGCUCAUAGCUGAUGAUGAUCCACGAUCGUUUUAUAAAAUCGUAAACCGCGGAUCCGUUUUCGCAAUAAAGGAUAGAUCAGGAAGAUUAAUGGCCGAAGUUAGAAAUAAACAAUCGGAAGUUAGCGGUUUGGAUCUUGGAAGAGAUGUUAUGACAAUGGUGGUGGAGCCACAAGUAGAUCAUUCUUUAAUAAUGGGCAUUGUUAUAGCUUAUAAUCUUACCAAAUGUAAAUUGUGAUAAUUAUUUGGGUGAGGGUGUACGUAACUUUAAUCAGAGCUGUUAUAUAGUCUUGAAGUUAAACAUUGGCAUAAA